ACAUUUUGCAACAAUGUGUAACCUCCGCCGCUCAAUCGUUCUCUGCGUGAUACUGAUCUAUUGUGAGGUGCUAUCGCCGAUCACAGGUAACGCGAUCCCGGCGGAAGUCGCGAUCCCGGCGGACGAUGCGAUUCCGAUAGCGGUCGAUGCGGCCUCGAUAGAGGAGGAUGGGACUUUGGUGGACGACGAGUUCCCGUUCGUAGAUUCGUCCGAGGAUUGGUACGAAGAUUUCAUCUCGGCCGAAGAUUCGGCCGAAAAUACCAUCAGUCAGUCGUCAGAAAUUCAGCGGAGAUCGCGCAUAAUCGGGGGAGUCGACGACGAGAGAGAAGAUAUAAGAGGAUAUUGUCCGAUCAGAGUAGACCCAACACCCGAUCAUCCCAAUAUAUACAGCCCUCUCGAGUGUGCGCGCACCUGCAACGAUGAGAAGCCUAGGAUAUGUUAUUAUCACUUCGAGGUGGAAUACUACUCCGUACUCAGCAAAGCUUGCGAUUUAUGCCAGCCGAAUGCAACCAAUGCGUUUUGCAACAAUUGCGAGUGCAUAACAGCGGACGGAGUGGAACGGACUAUGAUAUCGGUGAAUCGAAUGAUGCCCGGACCUACCAUCGAUGUUUGCGAGGGCGACAAGAUUGUGGUGGACGUCUCCAACAAUAUAGAAGGCGAGGAACUGACGAUUCAUUGGCAUGGAAUAUUCCAGAAGGGCUCGCAAUACUACGACGGCGCGGCUCAUGUCACCCAAUGCCCGAUUCCUGAACAAACUACAUUCAGAUAUCAAUUUAAUGCCGACAAUGCGGGUACUCAUUUCUGGCACGCUCACACUGGCCUGCAAAAGUUAGACGGUGUUUUUGGAAGAUUGAUUGUACGUCAAUCAGUAAAACGCGAAGUACACAGAAAAUUAUACGACUUCGACUUGUCUCGUCACGGGAUUAUUAUCAGCGAUUGGUUGCACGAACUUGCUGCAUCACGAAUGCCAGGCCGUCGUUUAGAAGAACCCCCGAGAUAUCAAGAUCCGGACUCUAUACUCAUUAACGGCAAAGGGCGUUAUCAGCAGGGGAGCAAUUUUACCACCAACACGAAUUUCGAGGUGUUCAAUGUGGAGCGCGAUCGUCGUUACCGGUUUCGCUUUGUGAACAACUUCUGCACAGUCUGCACGUCGAUGUUUACCGUGGAGGGUCAUAAUCUUACCAUCAUAGCGGUUGAUGGCAUUUCAGUGAAACCAACUGUAGUAACUUCCAUCGUUAGUGUUUCAGGAGAACGUUACGACUUUAUCAUAAAUGCGGAUGACAGAGUCGACUCGUAUUGGAUUCAACUUCGCGCACUGUCACCGUGCCAAGAGAGAAAUAUUCAACAAUUUGCUAUCUUGCAAUACGAUGGUGCAUCAGAUCAACCGUCUUCACCUAUGCCUAGUUUCACCUCUCCGCUUCCUGAAGGAGUUGUAUUAAAUCCACUUGAUUCUCAGUGCGAUCGAUCGAGAAAUGACGCGGUUUGCGUCAGCAAUUUGAAAAGUGCGCAACGAGUUGACAGGGACAUUUAUACGAAGCGACCAGACGCGCAGAUAUAUUUGCCGUUUAAGUUUUAUCGAUACAACAUAGAAGACCUCUUUGCACCUAACUCGUUUGACAGAUUUAUAGUUGCACCUGGCGGACGUCAUACACUUUCGUAUGUCGACAACAUUGCAUUGCGUUUACCACCCUCGCCUCCACUCUCGCAACUGGAAGACAUACCAUCCGAUUUGAUCUGCAACAGUACGAGCAAACCAAGUAAUUGCGAGGAGCCGUGUAUAUGCACGCACGUCAUAGAACUUCCGUACAACGGCAUCGUUGAACUCAUCAUAAUCGAUGAGACCGGAGUACCCGGGCUUCAUCAUCCGUUCCAUUUGCACGGUUAUGCUUUCAACAUCAUGGGCGUCGGCGUUCCCAACAACGGAACGGGAGUCACCGUGGAGGAGAUAAAGAGGAUGGACAGGAGAGGUCUUUUACGUAGGAGAAGAUCCUCGGUGCCAUUUAAGGACACUAUAGCUGUGCCAAAUAGAGGUUACGCGAUCGUGCGCUUCCGUGCGGACAAUCCCGGUUAUUGGCUGCUUCAUUGUCACUUUAUUUACCAUUUGGCGACGGGCAUGGGCAACGUGUUUCAUGUGGGAGGCCCGUCCGACGUGCCACCUGUCCCGCAAGAUUUUCCGCGGUGUGGCAAUUUCUUGCCAAAGAUAACUCAGCAUCACUCGAGCGUCUGACGCUUCCGUCCCCGCUGAUAAAUGAAUCGCCUGAUGCGAGCCACUUUAUAUUCUUCGGAUUAAUCGCUUCUACGUUCAGUGGAUCACACGUUACGUUGCGUCUAUGGAUAUCCGUGCGACGGAUAUAUCCUAGGAGGAAUGUGAUGCGUUCUGUCCUAGGAGGAAUGAGACGCGCGAGUAAAGAUCGCAUCUGGAAGUUGACGUUCUUUGUACCUUAACGAACCUUAACCGCACGACGAAUUCGGAAUCCAACAGGAAGAUUGAUCUCUUGAAGAUUAUCAAGAGGACAAAUUCUUCCGUCUUCGCAACCUUUCUUCCACUGACUUGUGUCUACAACAUGUACAUAGCAGAAUUAUGUUAUUCGAAGGAUUUAGUUAUAUAAUGACUUCGCAAUUCAUAAAUAAAUCUUUGUACCUGAUGAUCAAAUAAUUCGAGUCUUAUAUUAUAGUGAUCGUUCGUAUAUCUGUUAUCAGCGGCAUUAUAAGAUGAGAAAAUAGAUAUAAAUAUUGAA